AUGGAUCAAGGUGCCAGGAAUGCAUUAGUCAGUGAUGAUCGUAAUGAAAUUGAAUACCCAGUUGACGGACCACAUUGGCCUCUAUCAGGGAAGCCAUAUUUUCAUACUGUUCUUGAGAAAUCGCACGUCAGGCCUGUAUGCUUAAUGGGUUUACCAGUUAAGAUGCAAAAGCAUCUCCCUUUUGCUUCAAUCCCUAUUGUGUUAACUUAUUGCGGCAAGUUAUGGGAGGUUAUGUAUCUUGGCGAUUAUACUUUCAGGAGAUUUGAUGCGAAAUGGAAGAAGUAUGUGGAAGACAAUGAUCUUAAGGUUGGAGAUGCUGUUGUGUUUGAACUUGAUGAGUCGAGAAAUGGAUGUACUAGAUUCAGGACUCAGAUUUUGAGAGGUGAUUAUCCGGCCCGGAUUAUGAACAAUCGGAACGGAGAGACUUCGGAAACUUCAAUUGUUAUUGAUGAGGAUUAGAGAGUUUACUUUUCUUAUAAUUGUGUUUUAUGUAUUUGUUAAACUGGUAUGAUCCUUUGAAAGGAAACCCAAAUCAAUGAGAAUUGAAGA